UCAUUGUCAUUCCUAAUAGAUGUAAUUUGAGUGUAACCGAUUUUGAUUCUAAUUCCGCUGAUGUGGCAACCCCGUCGCUGGUGACACAUCAAUGGCAUCGAAGCAUCGAUACUUUCACGUACAACAAUAAUACACACCUAUCGAUAUUUACGUACGUGUCCAAUAUCAGCUGCGACUGAAACAAACAAUGUGCGGUACAUAAAUACCUGGACUCUGGCUUGUAAAACGAAUUAGCUGGUGAAAUCAGUGAGAAUUAGUUGUCUGCUCCGAGGCGAAAAAUAAACUAGUACACGCAGGGCAGCGGUAGAAGAAGACGAAACGCCCACAACAAACACACAAGAUGACGACACAACGAAAAGUGCGGCGCAAUCUUUUAACUGCCAGCGGAUUGGCGUUGGCUUUGCUGCUCGUCUUGUUAUAUUGGACCGAUUUCACGCGCGGCUACUUUGCGGCACUCGAUGAGGCGGAGACAAACAAGAAUUGCUUCUGCGAGCUGGAAGGCUCGAUUAAUGACUGCAGCUGUGAUGUGGACACCGUGGAUCACUUUAACAACAUGAAAGUCUAUCCGCGGCUGCAGAGCUUAUUGGUGAAGAAUUUCUUUCGAUUUUACAAGGUGAAUCUAAAGCAAGAUUGUCCCUUUUGGCCAGAUGACAGUCGCUGUGCCAUGCGAUUCUGUCAGGUGGAGAACUGUGAGGAGCAAGCCAUACCUCAGGGCAUCAAGGAGAAGGGCGAGCACAGGGACAAGACGGCAUCGUUCAAGUACACAAAAGAGGCGCAAGUGGACAGAAGUUGCUCCGAAGUCGAGGACUUUGACAGUGCUUUGGGUUUUCUCGACACCAGCAUCAGCGAUCAGGCGCAUAAGGAGUUCGAAUUGUGGGCCAAACACGACGAAGCUGAGGAAGAUUUCUGUAUUGUAGAUGAUCACGAUGCUGGAGCACAAUAUGUCGAUCUAUUGCUUAAUCCUGAACGCUAUACGGGAUAUCGGGGAGAUUCGGCGCAUCGCAUUUGGAAGAGCAUCUAUUUGGAAAACUGCUUCGGUGGCAACAUUGACACGGCCAACAAAUUCUCCAGUUAUAUGCCGCACAUGGAUCUGCGUGACGUGUGCUUGGAACAGCGUGCUUUCUAUCGCAUCAUUUCGGGCUUGCACUCGAGCAUAAACAUUCAUUUGUGCUCCAAGUAUUUGUUGUCCGAAUCGAAGGACUUUCUGGAUCCACAAGGCGUUUGGGGACCAAAUGUCAAGGAGUUUAAGCAACGCUUCAGUCCUGAGACAACAAGCGGCGAGGGACCGCAUUGGCUACGCAAUCUAUACUUCAUUUAUCUGGUUGAGCUGAGAGCAUUGGCCAAGGCAGCGCCGUAUUUGCGACGCGAGGAUUACUACACGGGCAUUGCCGAGGAGGAUGAGGAGGUUAAACUGGCCAUGCACGAUAUGCUCUCGGUCAUAGAAUCUUUUCAAUCGCACUUCAAUGAGAAUGCGCUGUUUAGCAGCGGCAUUGCGUCGAUCAAAUUCAAGCAUGACUACAAGGAAAAGUUUAGGAAUAUAUCCAGAAUCAUGGAUUGUGUUGGCUGCGACAAGUGCAAACUGUGGGGAAAACUGCAGACGCAAGGUCUGGGCACAGCACUGAAAAUACUGUACUCGGAAAAGCUAAAUUUGGCAACGGAAAGCGGGAUAUGGGAUAAGCCGCACAUUGAGGCGGAUCCCAUUUUUAGACUAUCGCGAACAGAAAUCGUUGCUCUCUUCAACGCCUUUGGCAGAUUAUCAAACAGUAUUUACGAAAUGGAAAACUUCCGGCGUGUGCUCAGAUAGCCCGACACUAUAUAGGCGCCUGAUAGAACAGGGGCCGAGUCCUGAUAAUCCCAUCAAUCGAGCAACGUUGCGCAAUUGCUCAAGCAUCUCUCUGUCUCUCAAGUUAGCUGAUAAACGCACAUACAACUGUGGACAUUAUCACGAAAUGGAUCUUAUUUCCGGUUGCCCUCCAAUUACAGAAGCCAGAGGCUAACUAACCAUGUCGAGCUGCAUUAUUGUACAUAAAUUGGGAAUGCAUUAAAAAUUAAUCAUAUAUAUAAUUGUAGGCUACUUGUACUUUACUCUACCCACUAUGCGCUACACAGGUGUAUUUUAACUAUUGUAAGCUAGCGUAGAAUUAUUUAUUGUGUGUGUAAUAGCCUAAUUAAUAAUUAGGAAUCAAUCAAAUGAAAAACUGUUGUGCAAUACAUUUAAUAACA